CCUACAUCAUAGCGAAGCGCGUGCUUUCGUGUCCCCCAAACUCUUCAACUUUUUGACCUUUCCGCCUUUCAACCUAUGUAGGUAACUUGACAACUCUAUCACGAACUGACGAGCUUACGAACGACUUACGAAUUCGUCCAAACCUCUAAAAUAGAAAUAAACAUCCCAAGCUUGCUUUGACUCCAAGUUCUUCUCUUCACCUUUCGCAAAAGUGAUUUCUCCAAAAUCUAGAAACUCCCGAAUUCCUAAACAUCACUCCCAAUUUCCACCAUGGCGCGACUAGUCCAAGCGCCCUUGACCCAGAAUAGGGUCAUAUCCAACCCGGAUGCUCUGAAUGACCUCAACCGCCUACUCGCCCGCUUGCAGGAGAACAUCCUCCACGCGGACGCCGAUAGGGAGCGGCGACUGAGGGCCAGCGAGUAUGAGCGUAGUAAAGCCAGAGUCAACAUCGAAUACGCCCGAUCGAUCGUGACGAAGCUGGAGCAGGACGCGCUCGCAAUCAAGGUACACUCGCGACGCCAAGAGAUGCAGGCCGACCUGAACCAGAAGCGGGAAAUCCUCGACCAAGUCACCGAGCGCUUCCAAGAGUUCGAGGAUGUCAGCGUAGACAGCGACGAGGACAGCUCCGAAGGCGAGGAUCUACUAGGCGAUAUCAUCGAUACGCCGAGCGAGAGCGUGGUGUCGGGUGAAGCAGCAGACCAGCAAGUCGACGAGGACGAGUACGAUGUCGGAGAGGAUCAAGAGCAGGAGGUGAACGCGGGUGUGGGCGCGGACGAACCUGCUGACGAAUCGACCCUUGUGCCCGAACCCCGUCCCACCGUAACCACAUCCUCAUCCUCUCAGCAAUCACCCUCCACGACAGACCCCGCCUCCCAGCAUACACCCGCAGGAACAAGCACAUCGCAGACCCUACGCGCACGCGGCGGCGCCUCCUCCCAGCCCGACCCCGCAGCCUCAACCAACAAGGGCGAAACAACAGCGCUCCGAACCGAGCUCUUCGGCAACCGCGCCACCUCCCCCUCCUCCCCCUCGUCGGCAGCAGCGACAGCAACCACAGAAGCGAUCAUCGACCACCACCGCUCCGAGCAAGACAAACUAACAGAGUCGAUGGUGGGCAUGGCGCGCGCGCUCAAGGAGUCGUCGCGCGCGUUCGCGUCGGCGCUCGAGCAGGACACCGACGUGCUGCGCGCCGCGGGCCGCAACCUCGAGCGCAACGAGGCCGGCCUCGGCGCCGUCGCGGGACGCAUGGGGACCCUCAAGCGUAUGACUGAGGGCACGGGUUGGUGGGGGCGCGUUUUGUUGUACGUGUAUAUUGCGGGACUGGCGGUUUUUGCGGUUUUGUUGGUUUUUGUGCUUCCUAAGCUGCGGUUUUAGGGGGUGGGAGAUUCGGGGGUGUGUGG